CUUCUCACUCUUCGGAUCUCCCGCCAUUUCUCUCACCUAGCCCUUGCUUCACGUUAUGGGAACUAAACAGAACAACAACAAAAAAUGAAAAAGAAAAAUCCAUAAUCUUAUAUAAAGCUUUCAACAACACCCUUUUGGUAUCCUCCUCCUCCUUCAUUUUCUUCCUCCACUGCCCGGGAGAACUCGUUGGCUCGACUUGUCGGCCGACAUUGGCUCCAAUUGAACUGACCAUGAGGACGUUGUUCGUUUUGGCUGUCAUCUUUUUCGUCAUCUUUUCUCUUGGAGAUGCAUACGAUCCGUUGGAUCCGAAUGGGAACAUUACUGUCAAAUGGGAUGUCAUGUCAUGGACGCCCGACGGCUAUGUGGCCGUCGUGACAUUAAACAACUUCCAAACGUACCGGCACAUAAUGAGCCCCGGGUGGACAAUGGGGUGGACAUGGGCGAAGAAGGAAGUGAUAUGGUCGAUGGUCGGGGCGCAGGCGACGGAGCAAGGCGACUGCUCUAAGUUCAAGGGAAACAUUCCUCAUUGUUGUAAGAAAAACCCAACUGUGGUGGAUUUGAUGCCUGGAGUUCCUUACAACCAACAGUUUACAAACUGCUGCAAAGGUGGGGUUGUGGCUGCUUGGGGACAAGACCCUCAGGCUGCUGUUUCAGCCUUUCAGCUCAGUGUUGGCCAAGCAGGUGCUUCAAACAAGACUGUCAAACUCCCCAAGAACUUCACUCUGCUCGGUCCCGGGCCCGGAUACACUUGUGGCCCUGCAAAGGUUGUGCCUUCCACUACCUUCCUCACGCCCGACCGCCGCCGCAAAACUCAGGCUCUGAUGACUUGGAAUGUGACCUGCACUUACUCUCAGUUUCUGGCUAGAAAGAACCCAAGUUGCUGUGUUUCUUUCUCGUCUUUCUAUAACGACACGAUCACGUCUUGUCCUUCUUGCGCCUGUGGUUGCCAGAACAAGAACAGCUGCGUCAAGGGUGAUUCUAAGAUUCUUAAGCUGGCUGGAGUCAAUACACCAAGGAAAGAUAACACCCCGUUGCUGCAAUGCACACAUCAUAUGUGCCCAGUUCGAGUUCACUGGCAUGUGAAGCUCAAUUACAAGGACUACUGGCGAGUGAAGAUCGCCAUCACGAACUUCAACUACAGGAUGAACUACUCACUUUGGUCCCUCGUUGUCCAGCAUCCGAAUCUGAAUAAUGUUACCCAAGUUUUCAGCUUCGAUUACAAACCUCUUGUUCCCUAUGAAUCAAUCAAUGACACGGGAAUGUUUUACGGGAUGAAGUUUUACAACGACCUUCUGAUGGAAGCGGGGCCAUUCGGGAAUGUACAGUCGGAGGUGUUGCUUCGCAAGGACCAGAACACCUUUACCUUCAAGCAGGGAUGGGCAUUUCCUCGGAAAGUUUACUUCAAUGGCGACGAGUGCAUGCUUCCGCCACCCGAUGCAUACCCAUUCCUGCCCAACACCGCCCGCCAAAAGCUCGUUGCACUCUCAACUUCAAUCACUUUGCUGCUGCUCCUCCUACUGCAAACUAUUUGCUGACUCUCCUACUAGAAUUCAAACUUACAUAUGAAGAGAAAAUGUAGUGUAAUUUUUCAGUGACCAGGUCCAUAUUUUUGACAUAUAGGAACAAAAUCACAGGUAAAAAAGAACUCAAAACAUUCUUUCAGAAGGAACAAAAUGGAGAAUGCCAUAUGAAUGAAGAAUUUACAGAAAACUCUUCAAAGUUA